AAAAAGAAGGAAGAGAUUAUUUUUUUAAAAUGAACUAAAAUAGAAAUUCAUUCUUUUACGAAACGGAGUGAGGAAAAAGUUUCCCUUCCCUUCUUCCAUCCCUACAUACAUACAAUCAUAGAAAAUCAAAAUAGAAAGAGGAAAAGACAAGAAAGCCCUCAUCCAAUGGCCACUUGUUCAGUUUCAUUGAAUCAACAUGGUGUUCUGAUUCCAAUACAACUAAAAGAGUUUACUUUGAAUUCAAGAAUUAGUGUUCCUACACGAGUUUCCUCAAAUGGCUUCCCUUCAAGAAUCACUGCAACUUCUGCUGUUGCUGUUGAACAGGAAUUGAGAACUCCUGUUCAGGAUGCUACAGAAGAUAAAUUGUUUGCUUGCCCAAUUUGUUACGAACCACUUAUAAGAAAAGGCCCUUCCGGCUUUAACGUACCUGCUAUCUACAGAUCGGGCUUCAAAUGCAGAAAAUGUAACAAGUCAUAUUCAAGCAAAAAUUUAUACCUCGAUCUCACUGUUACUUCCGGAACAAAAGAAUACAAUGAAUCUAAGCCAACUCGGACUGAGCUAUUCAGGAGUCCGGUUGUUUCAUUCUUGUACGAGAGAGGUUGGCGCCAAGCUUUUAACCAAAGUGGAUUUCCUGGUGCUGAUGAAGAGUUUAAUAUGGCGCAAGAGUACUUUAAAGUGGCUGAAGGUGGAGUUCUUGUAGAUGUUAGCUGUGGCAGUGGAUUGUUUUCCAGGAAGUUUGCCAAAUCUGGGGUCUAUUCAAGAGUCAUUGCACUUGACUUUUCUGAAAACAUGCUUCGCCAGUGUUAUGAUUUCGUCAAGGCAGAUGAAAGUGUCUUAAGCUCCAAUCUAGCUCUUGUAAGGGCAGAUGUUUCCAGAUUACCCUUCUUUUCUGGAUCAGUUGAUGCUGUACAUGCAGGUGCUGCCUUGCAUUGCUGGCCAUCUCCGUCCAAUGCAAUUGCUGAAAUUAACCGGAUUUUGCGUAGUGGCGGUGUAUUCGUUGGUACUACAUUUCUUCGAGUUAACCCUUCAACAGCUCCUGCUAUAUUGAGGGCUUUGGGGCAGAGUGCUUUACGAACCACAUACACCUUUUUCACUCAAGAGGAAAUUGAAGACUUGGUGACAACCUGCGGUUUCGUCAACUAUACUAGUAAAGUUCAGGGCUCUUUCAUCAUGUUUUCCGCUCAAAAACGCUGACCUUUGGCUGGUUUUUACAGCACGUUGUGUUGCCAGAUUUGGUAGUUUGUAUCUCAACCCUGUAGAUAAUUGUAAAGUUGAUUCAAGCAAUUGAACAACAUUCUUUAUUGUGAAUAAUUCUGCUGUUGAAGACAAUGUAACUCCACAUCACGUUGUAAUAUCCAUCUUGGUUUAUUGGAGUCUACAGCUGCUUAUUCCAGACAA